CUUAGUGGAAUUAAUAGAUAUAAAUUAAAUUUCACAUCUCUGUCAUGUCGAACUGUAAAAAUUUCUCAGAGUUUUAAAUUCUCUCGUUGACUGAAGUCAAUAUAAGAAAUGCAGUUCGUUAAAUACAAUGAAUUAUUACAAACAAGAAUCUUGAUCAAUUUUAUUGCGAAACAAUUUGCGAUUGACAAGGCUGCAAAUAGUUUGUGAAAAGAAGAAACGCAUCAGCAAUGUGGAUCAUUUGUAUACUAAUUGGACUUUUCCAACUUAUAAUUCUGUUGAUGUUGUCUGGUAUCCUAUUUUCCGUUGCUGCCGUUUCACGUUUGAUGGAAAUAACAAUUAUUCUAAUAUAUCCUACAACUAUAUUUUUAUUACGGCAAGCUGCAAAUUUAAUCAUUCUUCUAACAAUCUUGAUGGCAAGAAUGACAUCUUUGGCGUUUCACAAACUAUGCACUCUUGUUAAAUGUGAUCAGCAGCAGGAAGCAACUCCUCAACAAGAACCUCGUGCUCAGCUUCAGCUUGAUACGCAAACUCCUUUCGUGCCAUAUAAAACUAGUAUCCUUGAAGAAAUACCACAAGAUUUUCGGCCUUUAAAAGAUGAAUUUUCUGCUAUAUUAUCAGCAGACAAGGGUAUAAUUGAACCUGCGCAAAAUCAAUCACGUGAUAAUAGCUAA